CGGGGAGCGGGAGCGGGCUGGGCCGCGCCAGGGAAGGGUCUGUCGGGCAGUGCCGGGAGGUGCUGAGGGGGUUUGGGGAGUCGCUGUCACUGGCGCGGUGCCCGGGAGAGCCUUUCCCCCGUCAGGGUGUUCAUCCACCAUGGCAAGGUUUUGCUGUUCCUCAUCUAGAACCAGUUAAUGGAUUACUGGGAACACAAAGCAGCAAGACAUAAAAUGUGCUGGUAGGUGAUUUUUCCUACAAAAUGGAGCAACUAGUACAGUAAUGCAUACCCACUAAAAAUUCAUAGUGGGGAGUAAAUAAACUGAUAGGCAACUGAUAUGAUUCCUUGCAUACAUUUGCAUAUAUACACAGUUUGAUAGAUGUGAUCACUCAUAUCAUGAAACUGCAUAUAGUUUCUCUGUAGAGAUGAAUCUGAGAACAAAUUGGGCAAAACAAUGAGAUGAACUGUUAAUACUGUAUUUUUCCUCCAAAAGGCAGAAGCCAAUAUAUGGCAGUUCAAGCUCUGAGUUGUAUUUGGGAGAUGCUUAUUUUUAUUCUUCUCUGGUAAAUCACUGGGUAAUUAUUUCACUUCUUUUAUUGAACUAUUCUAUUUCUUGUCUUCAUUCCUGUCUGCUCUAAACUAAGCUCUCUUUCCCCUUCCUUUAGCUCACAGUCUGGGGGUAUUGUGAAAGCUUCUUUUGCUUUGUAUCCUGCAUUCAAAAGAGUAUUCCAGUACAUAAAAUUAUGUUCUUGGACAUGCACUGCCUAGCAGCAACUCUCCUUAGGACUCAACAUUUUUGUCCCAUUUAAACAGCACAUUUAAUUUCUCGUACUGCAUGUAAUUUUUUCUCAGUUGAUCUGUAAAGAGGACAAAUGAAGAAAACACAGUCUCAAACAACAGAAGAAUGGAUAAGAAACUAAAGUUUGGAAUCCUUGCAAUUAACAUUAGAGCAGCUGGUAAAUUAAAGCAAUAUUAUUUUGUAAGUACAGCACUGCCUUUUCUCUAGUCAGUCUUAACUUCUGUGCAUCUCUGAUAUUAACCAUGCAUAGUGCUCCAGGAAUUCAGGAAAUGGUGGUGAAGAGAUGGAGUUUACAGAGGAGACUGUUACUGAUUUUGAAUCCAGACUUUCUGAAUUUUGCAUCUGUGAGAAAAGGGUUGUGAUGAAGACAGGUGGUUGAUUGUUAUAUUGAAACCCAGUGUGAGAGGAUGCUGUAGCUAAACAUGUGCUCUGCCUUUUGUCAGAGUGAUUGAACUCUAUCAGCACCGAAUUCACUGGCUCUUGCAGGACAGCAGAAAGGUGUUUGGUGUUAUAAAAGGAACUAAAGUUGGACUUUUGGUUGAUGUGUCUCAUUUGAGUUAUGGACCUAGACUAUUGGAUUUUCAGAAGAACCUUUUGGCUUCAUGAAGUAAGACAGUGGAUACAAGAGCUGGAGCCUGGUCAAGGCUGCAAUUUGCUGAAAGCCUUAAGGCAUGUCCUUCCAAUGAAAGAAUUGAAUUGCUUGGUUCUUAUUGUAGGGAGCUGCCCUGAUCAGUCUUUUGAAAUAUUAUGUGAUUAUGUUCAGCAGUGUACACUGGGGAGAAAAGUGCAAAUUCACACUGUAACUUAUGAUUGCAGCAACCCUGCUUCUCUUACAGCUCUAAAGAACCUUGCAGAAGCUGUGAGAGGCUGUUAUCAUUGCUACUCUUCCAAGGGAGAGAAUUGUGAUAGCAGUGAUUUUAAUGUGUUACUUCAGGAAUCCCAGAAGGCUAAGGACCUGCUCAAGAGCAUCAAACAGACUUUUCAAAGAAGAGUUGGUAGCUUGCUUGAUAGUAAAACAGCAGAUGUUUCCACCGCAUUUGCAAAUACAGAACCUUCCAGCUUCUUCCCAAAGCCUCCAAAGCACAAAGGACCAUUAGUUAUUCAAACACCAGGCAUCCUGGCCAAAACCUCAGCAGACUGGUUAAAGACAUAUGGAUUGAAAGCUAAAAAAUUAGACCUUUAUCAGGUUCUGGCUCCCAAUGCCUUCUCUCCUGUGGAAGAUUUUGUACCUAUCCUUCAAAAAACAGUAUCAUCAACUCUACAUGAGAAAGUGAUGAUGCAGUUUGAGUGGUAUGAUGGAACUGUAAAAAAUAUCCAUGUUGACCUGCCAGUAUUGUACAGCUAUCAGAAACUCCUUGCUAAAAUGGUAAGAAUCUAUGAGAGACGAAUUGACUGGCUGUCUGUUGCUAGCAGAAGAAUAUGGGGAACUGUUUGUGAAAGAAGGGUAGUUAUACUUGUUGAUAUCUCAGUGACAAACUCUACCUACAUCUCUCAUAUCCAACAUUCUUUGCGACUUUUACUUGAGGAACAAAUGUCAGAUAAGGAUCACUUCAAUAUUAUAGCAUUUGGGAGUGACAUUGUGCCUUGGCAGCAGGAACUGCUUCCUUCCCAACCAGAAAACUUAGAAAAGGCUUGGAGGUGGGUGUUGAGCUUGGAGUGCAAGGGCAGCAGGAAUUUCAUGAGUGCACUCAGAAGAGCUGUGGAAGUUGACUUCAAAGACAAAGAUAAAUACAAAUCACAGGGACUCUACCUGCUGACCACUGGAAUACCUGAUCAAGAAACACACACAAUCAGUGCUUACGUGGCUGAGGCUUGUGGAGGUUUUGAUUUGCAGCUACAUGUCUGUCUGUUCAGUGUGAGAAAGGGCACUGACCCCAGUGGGAUUAUUCCAGCCCGCUACGCCAACCCAAUGGAAACUGCCAAUGCUUUCAAAGAAAUUGUACAGGCAACCAAAGGGAGGUUUCACUGGUUUGGAGAAGCAGGUAUUUUUGAAAGUGAUGAUAUUACCAGUAUUAUAUCUGAAAUGGAAAAAGCAAAGAACUACUCCCAAAAGUGUGCAUUCCUAGUGGAGUCCUUAAAACAACGCUCAGUAAAUCAGUCUGUGAAACUCCUCACACCCAAAGGACACUCAAAUGUGCUUAUGAGGAAUGAGGGGAAAAAAAACCAGAAGGUGCCAUCUUCUAAACCCACAGCUGUACUGAAGGAUAUUAAAGACAACCAUGGUGCAGAGAGAAAUACUCCUGUAAGAAUCGUGGCAUGGCGUCCUCCUAGUGCCAGAGCAGGAAUUCCACCAGCACAAACAAUAAAUUCUCAGAAUGAGCAUAAAGGAAAGCACAAAGCCAGGAAGCAGGCAGAGCUUUCUGUGUCUGUAUUUUACACUGAAGAAGGAAGAAAUGUGGGUACAAUAUAUCAGAGGUAUCCAAAGGCAGUGCACGUAAGAAAAUCUGUUUGCUCUGUCACAUUGCCAAAGGAAGAGGAAAUCUGUUCAAGCAAAGAGUGGCUGACCAAGUACAGUAUUAAAAAGCUUAAACUGGAUUUGCCCAGACUGAUGCUUGGUUGUACCCACCAGAAGAAAACUGUGGAGUGUCUGCACAAGAAAGUAUCAGCAAAAUACUGUUCUAUCUUCCCCAGUGCAGAAAUCAAUGGGGUUGUGAAACAUCUGCAGCUUCACCCUAAAGAACUGGAAACCUACACAGAACAGCUGGAGAAAGUGCUGCAGCGCUAUAUCCAGAGAGUGCAGUGGCUGCUCUCAGGAAGCCGAAGAUUGUUCGGUACCAUUUUAGAAGCAAAUGUCUGUGUUUUGAUUGAUACAUCUGGUUCCAUGAGCCCAUAUUUGCCAUCUGUCACAAAAGAACUUACCUCCCUUAUCUGGGAACAGCUGAGAAAAAAUGAAGCCAGGUUUAACCUGCUGAGAUUUGCAGAAAAUAUAGAGAGUUGGAAAGAGUAUCUUGUAGAGGCAACUGAUGGAAGCUGCCAUGAUGCUGUGCAGUGGGCUUCCACAUACCAUGCUCAUGGCACCUCCUGCAUCCUUGCAGCUUUACAGAAGGCUCUCAGUUUCCAAGGUGUAAAGGCACUUUAUCUACUGACUGAUGGAAAACCAGACACCAGCUGCAGUCUGAUUCUGAAAGAAAUUGAAGAAUUGAUAAAGAAACAAGAUAUUAAAAUCCACACCAUUUGUUUUAGCUGUGCAGACAGAGGAGCUGUUGAAUUCCUGAAGAAGCUUGCUUCCCAAACAGGAGGGCGCUUCCACUGCAGUUCUGGAGGUGAAGAUGGACAAUUAGCAGCACACAGAAUAUUGACAGAGGGGCUGGAUGAUGAAGAUAACCCAGUUUUCCCUUACUUUGAAGGAGAUGAUUUAAAGAAGCUUACUCAAGAAGUAGCAAAAGCUAGAAGUUUCUUAAAGCAGGCAAAAUCUUGGAGAUUAUUGCUUGAAAAUUGGAACACAAACCAAAAAGAUGACUCUGGCUUUCAAAAAAGUGUUCAGGAUUAAAUUUUAGAUGAAGAGAAGAUGCUGAAGAAAUUUGGAAUCAUACCAUCAUAACCUGCUUCUUUUAAAAGGGUGCUCACACCUUCCAGCUUCAAGCAGACUUAUUUUCUUUGUUGUCACAACUGCUGGCAAGACAAGAAGUUGCAGAUGCUAAGUGCUGCACUGACUUCACUUGCAGGUUUUGCAGGAUUCAAAGUAAAUCAAGCCCUGAACUCUAAAAAGUUUAAAUAUAAGUAGAGGAUAGUUUUCAAUAUAGCUAAUACAAAUUUUAAAAGUGUAUAUAUCAGUAAUUUUACACGGUCACAAUUUUUGUUUUUCUUUUACUGCAUCAUAUUAAUAAUUUCUUCAAUUAGUUGCUGGUAUGUCUAAAUUGACUAUUUUAUCUGUUGGUUUGAGAAUUCUUUACUAGUGCUUAUUAUCCCUAACAGAUGGCACAGAUGGCUGUGAUGUUAGGAAGAGAAUUCUUUAUGCCAGUUUUGCACAGAAAGUUCAAGAAAUAACCUUAGUGCAGAAAACAAAGCUUGUAAUUCAUGUUUCUGCACAGAAAUUUUGCUGAUAAUUAUUUCGACUCUGCUUUUCGUGCUGGCAGUAAAGAAAGAUUUAGAGCUGAUGAUUCAGAAAUGAUAAAACAUGCAAGAAAGUAAUACCCUGCUGCUGAUGUAGCCUGGUUGUGUUUGUGUAACCAGGCACUGCCUAUCUGCUGAGCAAUCCUGUUCUUACAUAUUUCCUGUCUAGAAAGAUUUAAAAUAUGUUUGCCAAUAUCAAUUGAUUUGUGAAAUAUACUUGUUUUUUACUGGUUUCUGUAAUGACAGCUCACUAGUAUUUUGUAGAUAUUCACUGUUGUCUUUUAGAGGGUUAGAAAUUAAUCUCAUGUGUUUAAUAUAAGUCAUAUAAUAAAAAUGGAUUCAUACUUCAAAAUUAAGAGACUUGAUCUGCAUUUAUUCAGGAGCCAUUUGCAUCUCCUGAGUGCUACUGGAUAUGCUGUGAUAUGGGAGAUUGUGUCUUUUCUGUCCCUUUAUUUCUUUUGUCUCUAUAAGGAAUUAAAAAUUACUUCUAUCAUGAAUGUAUCUAUUUAGUGUUGUAUGCUCUGAAUGUGGUGAUUCCUGCCUUCCAUGUCAGUGUCAGCCUUUACUGGAAUGCUGCAGUUAAACUGGUGCUUUGAUUUUAUUUAUUUAUUUAUUCUGCUGAGAGGAUUUGAUAUGAAAAUGUUAAUUCUAAAUUAAUAGGAUUAGUUACACUUCUGUUUGGGGUAUAGAUGAUAAUCACUGAUAAAAUGAAGAUUUGUAGUGACAGAAAUGUUAAGAGUAAAUCCAGGUAGAAAGGAUGAGCUUUCUGUUUUGCCAAAAAGGGUUUCUUAUUUGUCCCCUGGAGGAUUUAAGAAAUGUCACAGUACUGUAGCAUAGAUUCUUAUAUUCCUAUAAAAGUACAUUAAAAGAACUUAAAAGGAAACACACUUAUGCAGAUGUGUUAAAUGGUAUCAGAGAUUCUUUGUGAAGUAAGGUCAUAAUGAACAUGUUGGAUUUUGCAAAUGUGAAUAAGCAUCAGAAUAUUUCAGUCUGUUGUUAGACUGCAAUUGUCAAAGCUCUCAUUUAGAGCCUUUCCCCCCUGUACAAUAUUUGUUGUUCAGAGGUUUUACUCUACCAAAACAAUUGCAUUUACACAGUGUCUCCAUUGGUUGAUUGUCAGUGGAUCUGUAACCCAAAAUUUGGGGCAGCCUACAUCAGUACUCAUCACUGAGCUGUGUGAUUUGGCUGGACUGAGCAUUUGUUUCUGUGGGCAGAGCACAGCACAUUUCUCUGGUUCUCCUGAGCAUGGUCUCACACUGCAGUAGGUGCUGGGAGCUCAGGAGCCUUCUCUUUGCUGGUGGUGUGAGCUAAGGGCUUCUAAGCCUCCUGUUCAAGAAAAUGCAAUGAAAAGUAAGGAGCAAAUGUUGAUGUUAGAAUCUGUGUAGGCACAGAAGCUGUAAAAUAGUCAGGUAUUAGAGUAUUGAGCCGUUUCACCCCAUCCAAGCUGUCUUCUGUGAAUGUGUUUAGCCUGUGCAGCCAAAGCCUCGUGGUCUCACAGGCUGGUCAAGCCCUGCUACCUCCUUCCUUUGAAAUAGAUUCCCUCUCCUUACUACCUACCUGGAAACUCCCAUCCUACCUGCUCCCAUCAGGCUGAGGGCUGCUCAGCAAGGAGGAUGUUUUCAGGAGAUGCCUCAGUGGGGAGGACCUCAGUAAUACUCAGUUAGUGACUUCAGUGUCCAUCUGUCAGCUCUGUGUCAUUUGCUUUCCUGGUUUGUGCCUGCUGGAAUGCAACCCACUGUAUUCAAGAAAUAAUGAAAGAGGAGUUUUGUGAUUGACCAAAGGCAUACUUUUCUGCCAGCUUGUUUGUAAGUCAUGUCAUUGCUGUGACUCACUGAAUAUGCUGAUUUGUUUACAAUUAAUUAAAGACAAACAGCUGAACUA